CUACUCUUGCAGAAUGCAGAAUUUCCUGAGGCUGCUGAGGGAGCAUGGGGACACCCACUCUCCCCCACAAGAGCUGGUGACCCUUGCAGGCAAGCUAUGUCGGGACCUCCAACACAACCAUGUUCAGGUGCUGUCUUUGGUGGAAGCCAUUCUGAACAGCAAGCAUCGUCGGCACCUGCUAGACAAUGCAGAUGUGGCACUGGUGUGUGCCCAGGUCCUGGUUCAUCAGGAGCAACAAUUUUCAGCUCUCCAAAUCUUAGAGGGGUGUCGGGUGCCAGGAGGCAGCAAGGAGCUGGUACAACUCUGGAAUGACAUUCACUACCACCUGACCAUGAGGAAGCUGGGUGUCACUAGGCUGAGCCCAGUGCAGAAGUUUCGCUGCAGGAAGAGGAACCCGCCACCCCCUACUCUCUGCCCCGAGGGCCCUAAGAACCGGAACUUCCCCCCAGAGAUUCGCCACCAUCUGCAGAACUUUGCCACAGGUGUGGGCAGUUAUCCCAAGAAGGCCCAGUUGGAAAAACUGGCUUUGGAGACUGGCUUGACCCACGAGCAAGUGUACAACUGGUUCGCCAAUUAUCGGCGACGUCAGAAGGCUUUUUCCCUGAACGGUCAAAGAGCCCAGGAGGCCACUUCAGAAAUCUCCAGUGCAAAGGAGAGUGGUCCCGAACCACUGCAGCUCUCAGGAAACCAUCAUGAGUCUGUGACUGUGUCUCAGUGGUCAGUUGGAUAUGAAAGAAGUGUGUCUCUACAGUCCCCGGAGACAACACAAGAAUCACAUGGGCUGCAGUUCCUGACUUGGAACUUUUCUGGAGACAACACCACUUCACAGUCGCUGUCUUUCAGGUCACUGUAUGGAUGUGAAGGGUACCAGGAGGGGCAACGUUACCAUCCUGUCAGCCUCACCUCCAUAUGCCCCUCCCCUGACCUCUGCUCACUGGGUACUAGCAACAGCAUGUUUGAUUCCUCUAUGGCUGUCCCUGAGUCAUGGAUGCUACCCCGUGCACCAUCAUCUUCCAAGGAAGUUUUCCGCUACAAUGGAGAACUGGGCCAUAAAAACCAGCUGGACUCUGAAAUGAACCCUGAAGAUGCCUCCAUGACCAUGGCCAUUGCUGCUUUUGGGGAUCCCAGUCAUGCAGGAUUUCCUGACCUGCGUGGUAGUUGUUCUCAGAGCUUCUAUCCAGAGAAUGGUCCAGGACUGAGCAGUGGGCAGGCAGCUUCCACUGCUGGCUUCAAACUUCAUCAUCCCCACAGGUGCAGUGGUAUGGUGACCAGGCCUCCCUCAUGUAAUGCUUUCUGGAGAGCUGCAAAGCUCCUGAGUUUUCUGGAUGCAGCUUGGUUCAAACUGCCUGUGAGGAGAUGGGACACUGCAUGGAACGAGCAAGUGUGGAUUGUGCACCAGUUCAACCCAAGUUAGAGAGGUUUACCGCAAAUAACAAUCAGUAUCCCCAGCGUUAGCUAAGAGAGUCUGCUAGGAAGCCCCCAAAACUUACUAUCACUCCACACUGUUUGCGAAGUUUGGAUGAGAAUUCUCUGUACUGUAAAGUGUUUUGGAAAAUUUUUAUGGCAUCAUAAAAGGUGCGAUUGUUUCAUGUAUGCAUGAUAAAUGGGAGUUAAGCCUGGUGACAAGUGCUGGGCAGGAAGGCUAUCUAGAUCCAAGAAGAAUUUUCCACUGUUGACCCUUCCUAUCCUCCUGUGCACAGGGCCACUCUCCUCCACUCUUUAACUUUGUGAAUGGAAAUGGAGAUGAUACAACAUUCCUUUGUUCGUGGGUCCUCCUUCUAGAGUUCUGAGCCAUAACGUCAUCUGGAGAUGACCCAGAUAGGGUGAAUCAGGUUGGGGUUCUUUAUCUGGAAUCCUCCAGAUUUCUGAAAGUAAUGUUUUUUUUAAAACUAAAUUAGAGUUUUUGCUUUGUUUCAAACUCCCCACUUUACACUCUAUCCUGGUAUCAGGUCAAAUUAAUGUGACUAGAUUAGCACCAGUUUUCCCCAGACCAGUGCUUAUGAUGAGGUGGUGUUAAUUGAUGCUUCCUAACCUCCCAAUAGAUGUUGACAGUUUCCUAGGCUAGUUCAUAAGCACCAUUUGGCUGGCAUCCUCUCUUAUCUCUGUUCCUCUCCCUUUGCUUGGUUAUUUCUUCAUUAUAAAUCU